AAGAUUUCCUGGCUGUCUAGGAACCAGACUCCCUCCCCUUAACGCUUUCUUGCCGGACUGGGAGAAGGGGGUUUGCCCUUUGGCCUCCCACUCCUCCUCCUUGUAGUCUCUCUCCUUCUUCUCCUUCCUCUCCUUCUGGGAAUGUCCAAGGAUUUCUUUCUUUUGAAAGGAGAAGAAAGGAACGCAUCUUCGAUACAGUUUGAUUCUCCAUCAGACAGUGGAUUCAACAUGGACAGACGCAACUCACCUGAGCCUGAAGCAGGCAGGGCCCCUGUGAGCAGUGGGGCAUUCUGGGAAAGAACUACGCAGACGUUUCUGAAUUCACGCAUACAGUACCAGCGCUUCAGACAGCUCUCCUACCAAGAAAGCGAGGGACCCAGAGAGGUUUGCAGCUGGCUCCACGAUCUCUGCCACCAGUGGCUGAAGCCAGAGCAACACACCAAGGCUGAGAUGCUGGACCUGGUGAUCCUGGAGCAGUUCCUGAGCCUCCUGCCCCCAGAGAUGGGGAGCUGGGUCCGAGAGUGUGGGGCAGAGACCUCUUCCCAGGCGGUGGCCCUGGCGGAAGGCUUCCUCCUGAGUCGGGCAGAGGACAAGAGGCAGGAAGAACAGACCCAAAAUAACUGCAUCGAAGCCCAGUCUAAUGUCCCUGCAUCAGAGAAACUUCCAUCAGACACCAUCCAGAGUAUCAGGCAGAAGGAGCUCAAGCAGGAAGGAGAUGGGGCCGCAGCCUUGCAGGGGGCUGAAAUGAUGUUGUUGCCGAAUCCUCAUUUGUUUCUUCCCCUUUGUGAUGGAGUGGAACUGAAUGAGGACCCAAUAGCCUUUGAGGAUGUGGCUGUUAAUUUCUCCCCAGAGGAGUGGGUGACUCUGAAUCCUGAUCAGAAAGUUUUGCACGUGCAGAUCAUGGAGGAGAUUCGUGGGAUUGUGGACUCUCUUGCAGAUAACUGGAAGAAGAGCAAUGUAUGCACCAAAAACAGGAAGCAUUUUGAGCACAAUGGGGGCCUUCCUAUACACCAGCAAACCAACAGAGAAGAUGGAAAUUCUGCCAGAGAAAGGGCCUACAAAUGCAAUGUAUGUGGGCAGUGUUUUACCCAAAGUAUGGCACUUGUGCUUCACAAGACACACCAUGCUGAGAAAAGGGAUUUUAAAUGUAAAGUAUCCGCAACAUGUUUUGCCGAUUGCAAAUUACCACAUUUGAGCCAAGACAAAAUCUUUGAAGGAACCGAGGAUUUAAUAAGCCGGGAGUGUGGGAAAUCUUUUAUCCAGAGUUCAUACUUGGUGAAACAUGACAGAUCUCACGCAGGACAGGAACCAUACAGAUGCGUGGAGUGUGGGAAAUGUUUUGCUCACAGUUCACAAUUCGUGAGCCACAAAAGACUCCACGCACGAGAGAAGCCAUACCAAUGCCAGGAGUGUAGGAAAUGUUUUGCUUACAGUUCGCACUUGGUGAAGCACAAAAGGCUCCACACAGGAGAGAAGCCAUACCAAUGCCAGGAGUGUGGGAAGUGUUUUGCUUACAGUUCAGACUUGUUGAGGCACAAAAGCCUCCACACAGGAGAGAAGCCACACCAAUGUGAGGAGUGUGGGAAGUGUUUUGCUCGCAGUUCAAACUGGAGGAGGCAUAAAAGACUCCACACAGGAGAGAAGCCAUACCAAUGCCAGGAGUGUGGGAAAUGUUUUGCUUACAGCUCAGACUUGGUAAGGCACGAAAGACUCCACACAGGAGAGAAGCCACACCAAUGCCAGGAAUGUGGAAAAUGUUUUGCUCGCCAUUCAAACUUGGUAUGGCACAAAAAACUUCACACAGGACAGAAUCUAUAAAUAUGCCAGGAGUGUGGGAAAUGUUUUGCUUGCAGUUCACACUUGGGAGAACCACAAAAAACUACACACAGGAUAAAAAAAACAUGCAAAUGCCAGGCGUGUGGGAAUUGUUUUGUUUGGGGUUCAUACCUUUUGAAUUAUCACAGACUACAUAUAGGAGAGACAUCAUUUAAAGAGCUUGGAGAAAACUAAUAAAAUGAGUUGCAACAGGGAAAUUGGACAUUCUGGUGUAGACCAGAAUGUCAACAUUUCCUGAUGAACACGUGUUACUCCCUUAAUUUCUAGUACCAUUUGGCUUAACUUUGGACUCAAUUCUUAGACAAUUAUCUUCUAAGUUUUGAUCUCUAUUCAGUUUUCUUGCUAUCAUCUGAUUUCAAACAGGACCUUUUGAGUAGUUCUGCCUAAGAUUUGGUAGAUUCCUCUUUAUUGUUUGAAUCCGUAAGAUGAGGUCCUCUUCUCUGGAGCAGCAGAAAGCAAGCUCCCUGUGACAAUCCUCCAGAGGGUUAAAUAAGAUUGUCAUAUCACUUAUUUGAAGGAAAAAAACCAUAUGCCAUUCCAUCAGUUGUCCCUCUAGUUUUAGUUUCCAGCUCCUUUACCUCCUUUGUUGCAAAUUUCCAGUUUGGGGAUGUUUUUUUUACUUCUGGGAUUCCAGAAUUGAACACAGUGCUUCUGUUGAGGCCAAGCCAAAGGAAAAGAUGUUUGCACUAUUACUUCCCUUGAUGUGCAAAUUGUAUCUCUAGUGGUUUCCAUGCUCUUGGCCACACACUUUUAAUCCACAUUGAAUUGCAAAAUAACAAGCCUUGUUGUUUUAAAAUUAACAAUGUUAUAUAUCAUUGAUUUUGUUAUAGUCUAUGAGAAUUUGAUCUAUUUUGCAAAAUUUAAGUCCCUGGAUCUUAUAUUAAGGAAAUAAUAGCUUUUAAUUGAAUUGCACAGAGCUUUAUAGUGUUGAUCUUCAUGUGGGAAGUUUUAGAUUUUUUUCAUCUAUUUUAACUGAUUAUUUUAAUGUCCUACAAAAAAGGACUUAUGUCCCAGUUUGGGUUAUUUAUAAGGGUUUUAUUUUAUGUUGUGUGUUUUAAUGCUACUGUAAACUGCCUUGAGUCUGUUGGAGAAAGGUGAUAGAUAAAUUUCCCAAAUAAGUUUGUUUGUAGAGUAAAAACA